AUGGCCGCCGGUUGUUUGGCUUGCUAAAUUCACGUUUUUCAUUUACUUCCAAUAAUUCCGUGGUGUUUACUGCCAAUUUUGCGCUUUAAUUAGUUAAUUUAGUGUAUUUAGUGGUUGAACAAUGGCGGCGGUACAAGGACAACAGGGGAACAAGCCGUGGCCGGCGCGACCGGGACUGCAGCAUCAGAUGAGCCAAAGUAAUGCAAGUUUAACGUUGAAUAGGACGAUAAACCUGUACCCGCUGACGAACUACACGUUCGGCACGAAGGAGCCGCUGUUUGAGAAGGACGCGUCGGUGCCGGCGCGCUUCCAACGGAUGAGGGAAGAGUUCGCAAAGAUUGGGAUGAGAAGGUCAGUAGAAGGCGUGCUACUAGUCCACGAGCAUGGCCUCCCACACGUACUACUGCUGCAACUGGGGACAGCAUUCUUCAAGCUGCCGGGCGGAGAGCUGAACCCGGGAGAGGACGAGAUUGAUGGACUAAAGAGACUGCUCACCGAAACUCUCGGUAGACAGGAUGGUGUGAAGCAGGAGUGGGCUAUUGAGGAUACUAUAGGCAACUGGUGGCGACCGAACUUCGAGCCCCCGCAGUACCCGUACAUUCCGCCCCACAUCACCAAGCCGAAGGAGCACAAGCGGCUCUUUCUCGUCCAGCUGCAGGACCGAGCCCUGUUCGCUGUCCCCAAGAACUAUAAACUCGUAGCCGCCCCGCUGUUCGAGUUGUACGACAAUGCUCAGGGCUAUGGACCCAUCAUUUCAUCAUUGAGCCAAAGUCUGUGCCGGUUUAACUUUGUCUAUAUGUAAUUGUGAGGUUUCAACACAAUAAACUAUGAACUAUCUACAAAACAAAACUGUCUACAAAAAUACUCAAUUUAUCUUCAAUGGCGUGACAUGUUUGUUGAAGUGGUGAAAGGAUUGCGCGUGUUAUUCACAAAUUACCGGGUGAAAGCCCUCAGCGCUCCCCAUUUGUCUGGCCAAGUAGAUGCCAUUUGCGGCGAAUCUACAAUAAGUCACGGCAAAAAAAUUCAAUAGAUACAUAAAUUUCUGCCCUUGUGGCACGGAUACCGAGCCGCGCGCGGCGCGAUUUAUAACUCUGGCUUCGACCAAUAGCCGUGCGACGUUUGUCUACGUAGAUAGCAUUCGCUACGUCUUUUCAAUCAAUCAAUAAUACUUUAUUGCACAACAACAUAUUACAAAGGACAUAAACAUAUGAAUAAAAUAAGCACAACAGGCGGCCUUAUUGCUAAACAGUAAUUUCUGCCAGGCAACCUUAGGGUGAAAGAAGUUUAGUUAAAACUUUAGGGUCUAUUCGUCGGAGUCCUCGAUAUAAAUCGAGCCGCGCGCGGCUCGGUUACCGCGCCGACGUUACUGCGUAUAGAACGGUACCUCUCCCCCCGCACCAAUUCGUAUCGGGCGCUUACCUCACCCCCUCUGGGUCUUAUUUUAGUCUGAAAUGGCCGUGAGCCGCUAAGGAGUAAGCGAGAGCUUGGACUGUGUGCUUCGUUAUGCGGCACGCGGUUAGUAUGAGAUUUUUGUAUGGAGUGUCAUAUUUGUAUGGUGACAGAGUAUAAUCCAUGGCUGAUAAUAUGGUGGCAAUUUUUUUUAUUGAGUAUUUUUGCAUACAGUUGCGUUGCAGACCGUACUUUGUACUCUAAUAUAAGGAACAUUGUGUAAUUGGUAGUUGUAAGAACAUUUGACUUGAACACGAAGAUGAAUGAA